AUGAGUGUCAUUGCCGUGGGCACAGACCUGCACCGAAUCGGGCGGUUUGCGGCCAUUCUAGCACGCCACGGUCUCGCGUCGCCACAUGUGCACCGGCUCGCUGCCCGUGUGCUCCACCCGGACCGCGAGCUGCCCGGGUUUGUGCGCGCGUGCCAGCAGAGCCAGCUCGACAAGUGCACGCGCGCACUCGCGCACUCGUGGUGCGUCAAGGAGGCGCUCUACAAGACGCUCGACACGCCCGACCAGGCCACCUUCGCGAUGCGCCACUGGUACAAGUACAACCACGCGAACGGCCGGCCGCACGUGGCCAGCGACUCGUACGCCAGACACGAGCGCUUUCUCGUGUCGCUGUCCCACGACGGCGAUUACGUCAGCAGCGUCGUUGUGCGCGCGCACGGCACCAACUAG